AUGGCGCGCGAUACUGCAAGAUUCGACGCUUUGGUUAAAGUGGCCCGCCAAAGAUUACAAGAACUCAUCGAAGCAAAGAAGCACGCCCGAUCGAAAUCCAGCACGUCGACGUGGUCCCCUCCCCAGCGGCCAAGAACCAAAAGAAUAAUUAUCGAAGACAAGCCUGCAGUACUAAUUGAAACCGCCGAUGAUGAUUGGAAAGUAGAUCAAGAUGAAGAAGAACAAGAAGAAGACGAGGAAUAUUCCGACAACAAGUCGAAGAGAAGGAAGUUGUCCGAUAAUAUUCCAAAGAAGAAAAAAGAACCAAUCGGGAACGGGCCCCACACACCGCCGCCUCUGCCAGAAGAAUACAAGAUGGUGAUCCAAGAAAUUGGCAGAGGGAGAAAUAUAACGGAGGAGAUGAAGCUGGUUAUCCAAAAGGGAUUGUUCGAGACAGAUUUGGCUAAGGCGAACAACAGGCUAUCGAUCCCUUUCACGCAGGUUCUUGAUCAUAGUUUCUUGACGGACGAGGAGACUCACUUUCUUACGACUCGCGACGGUAACAACAAGAUGAAGUUCAAAGAAGUCACGAUUAUUGAGCCCUCGUUGGAACGGGAUAAAGUGAAGUUGAGCAGAUGGGAUAUGAACAAGGCCAACGGCAAAAAUACGUCUUCGAAUUACGUAAUAAACGGAGCAUGGAGACACGUUGCGGAGAGGAAUAAUCUUAAACCUGGGAAUGUGGUCCAGUUGUGGUCUUUCAGGAUCGAUCACGAGUUGUAUCUUGCUCUUGUCAAGAUCCCAAAUAAUAGUAAUAAUUAG